UCCCCGAGGAGCCGAGCCUGCCGAGUCAUUCUUUUUACAAAGGGAGAAAAAGUUUGGAUCUCCAAAGAAAAAUAUAUUAAAAUUACACUUUGUACAGACUUAGGGUUUGAAUCGCAAUGUCUGGGGGUUCAUAUGAUAGAGCUAUAACAGUGUUUUCACCUGAUGGACAUUUAUUUCAAGUGGAAUAUGCCCAGGAAGCCGUCAAAAAAGGGUCGACAGCCGUGGGAGUCCGUGGAAAGAACAUCGUCGUCCUUGGAGUAGAGAGAAAAGCUGUUGCUAAGCUUCAGGACCCGAGAACAGUGCGAAAGAUUUGCUCGUUGGAUGAUCACGUUUUCAUGGCAUUUGCAGGUCUAACAGCAGACGCUAGGAUAUUGGUGAACAGAGCACGAGUUGAGUGUCAAAGUCACAAGCUGACCGUAGAAGAUCCUGUAACACUGGAGUAUAUUACUAGACAUAUAGCUACUUUAAAACAACGUUAUACGCAGAGUAAUGGCAGGAGACCAUUUGGUAUUUCCACUCUUAUUGUUGGAUUCGACACAGAUGGAACACCAAAUUUAUACCAAACAGACCCAUCUGGUACAUAUCAUUCGUGGAAGGCUAAUGCGAUUGGACGCAGUGCUAAAACUGUCCGUGAGUUUCUGGAAAAGAAUUACUCAGAAGAAGUUGCUAAUUCAGACGAUGAGACUGUCAAGCUGGCUAUCAAGGCUCUUYUAGAGGUUGUACAGACUGGAGGAAAGAACAUUGAAUUAGCUGUCAUGAAAAGAGGAGAAUCAAUGACGAUACUUCAGGCAGAUGAAGUUGAUAAAAUUGUUGCUGUUAUAGAAAAAGAGAAGGAAGAAGAAGCAGAGAAAAAGAAAAAAGAAAAGAAAGGUGGAUCAUAAAGUAAAGAAAUUAAACACAUGUAAAACACUUGUAUGUGUAAACGUUGAGAUUUCAGCUGAUAAUAAAUGUGUAAAUGUGAGAGUAAGAAUGAGAAUAGAAUGGAAAUGUUUUGGUGCUGUGUUUGUCGAUUGUUUCAACUAUUAUGAGCGUACACCUUGUGUAAAUACAUCUAUUGUGCAUUGUGGUACAAUAUCCUGUCGCUUUGGAAAAUAAAUUGUCUUUACUAAAGGUAUUAGUCUUGAACUAGUUGCUGCAUUUAUUUGUAAUGAAGGCCAGUUCUAUGUGGACCAUAUGACUUUCGGACAUGGCACUUUAUGAUGGGUUAUUACAGUACAUUAAAUUCAGUAAUCACUCAA